GUGUAGGGUGCGCCCUGCCCCAUCGAAACUAAUAUUUGCAAGUUGAUAUUUAAAACAAAAAGUUAAUAAGAAACUUCAUUGUCAAGUUUGGUCAUGUUUUGACAUAGUGCUACUCCUUCACUCCCUUCUUUAAGAAAUAGUUCUCUACAUCGCUGCCCUUCUAAAUGUCAUCCCAUACACCCUCUUUCAAAAUACACCUCUUACUCCGCCCCAUUCACAUUACCAUUGUAUGCAGCAAUGCAAUAGGAAUGCCAUGCUGCUCUCGUAUACCCCGUAGGGUGUAUAAUGAGGGUUUUAAAUAGUUGGCUUACGACUGGUAAAACAUUCCAACCGUGUUGUUGUAUGAUGAUAUAGGCCUACAUUAAAAAUAAUAAUUAGAAGAACUUGACGGACCAGCAGAAGGAGAAGGGAUUCAUAAAAUAAGCAAUGGAUAUUUUGGAAGAAAAUACGAGCUCGCUCAUCUGGAAGUAUGGAGGAAUGACAUCUGCAGCAAUCGGCGCCAUUACAACGCUGACCUUGGUUGUCUUGAAUGCUCUAUCAGACGGUGACUCAAGAAGGCGUUAUGAACGUCCACACGAUGACGAAGACUCUAAAAACCACCACGGAGCAGUCGGGAACGAUUAUCGUCGAUCAAGUCAUACCAGCAACCAUUCGAGUGACAGUAAUGUUAAAAAUGGCGACGUCGGUGGCGAUUUCGGUGGCGAUAUCGUCGAUUACGAGGCCGUCGACGAUGUCGAUGGUGAUUUAGAAAAAGACAUGAAAGAGCAUCAUUAUCCCGUGAACGAAUCCCCGGUUGCAUCCUCGAAUCGGCUGAACAGAAGAAGUUCAAAGAAAUAUUAUUCCAAAUGA